AUGGUCAAUCCAGGCCGUGUCUGCUGCAUCGCAGCGCCAUUCCUUCUCUCAAUAGCCGUCCUAAUAUGUGUGGUGCUGAUAUUCAUCGCUGGCACAUACGAUCGCAAUAAGACACUGGACAAUCUAUACUUUGUCAAGAUUGAUAUGACGAACCUCACAUUAACCUCCUCCGCCAACCUUCUUUCAGGAGACAACUCCAACACGACCUUGUUGGGUGGUGCCCUCGAAGCGGCCAAGCAGUCCUUGGGCAUGAAAGACUUCUACACCGUCUACCUCCGCAGCUACUGCAGUUGGAACGGCAACGACACAUUUGCAAACUGCACGGACCCCAAGUCCUACUUUUGGUUCAACCCGAUCAAGAUCUGGGGCUUGAACAACACCGGCGUCCCCGUCGACGACUACCUGCCCAAGAGCUUUACAGAUGGUGUGAAGGUGUAUCACGACGCUUCCAAGGCCAUCUUCUACUUGUACAUUGGCGCCCUAAUCGCUUCGGUCGUCACCAUUCUUGUGGGCAUCUCCGCCAUAUUCUCGAGAUGGGGCUCGUUCUUCACCACCUUCUGUGCGACCGCCAUGGCUCUGCUUCUCGUGGCAGGAUCCGUCACCGCCACCGCCGUCUACAUCGUCCUCAAGACGGCCUUGAACAACACCCUGAAAAAGGAAUACGGCAUUGAUACCACCUUGGGCAGCUCUGUGUUCUCCGUCACGUGGAUCGGCAGCGCCUUCGCCAUCGGUGCCGCCUUCUUCUGGCUGCUGAGCGUCUGCUGCUGCAGUGGCAGAAGCCCCUACAACCCAGGCAGCAAGGAGGCCAGACGCACGAGGGCGGAGAAGACGCCGUACACGUACGAGAGGGUGGGAAGUCCCUACAUGGGCCCCAGCGACCAGCAGAGUGUGCCGCUGAACACGCUCAACCCCCAGCCGUAUGCGCCGCAACGAGGCGCCGCUUAUGAGCCAUUCAGACCGCAGGGUGUUUGA